CUCGCGCUUGAAAACUCUGUGUCGCGAGGACUCUUACCGUAAAUGGCGACUGUCACUGUGCGUUUGAUCCGCUCUUUUGAACAUCGAAAUCUGAAACACGUAGUUUACCACGACGUAGAUUUGUCACAGAGUGUGAGCAACUUUAAAGACUUCAUCAGGAAUGAUAUUGUUACAAGACCAGGAUUGCCUCCUCCAUAUAAGAAGUAUUCAUUUGAUACACUGAAGAUAUCCCACAAGGCUCAUGGAUCAAAGAGUAACAAUCCUGUGAUUAAUGUGGAGGAGGAUGAACAGCUGAUUAUGAAAGAUGGUGAUACUCUGAUUGACAGUGGUGUAGAGAAUGAAACCGAGAUCUCUUUCUUCAGACUAGAGGAUUACCAAGCAUACAAGCAGGAUCCUCAUCUAGUUUGGUGAUUCGCUUACCUAAAACAUCAAGAAGACAAGACAACGACCCAGAGGUCAAGACAACGACCCAGAGGUCAAGACAACAACCCAGAGGUCAAGACAAACGACCCAGAGGUCAAGACAAUGACACAGAGGUCAAGACAAUGACCCAGAGGAAACAUGUUGUGAUGUUUCUCUCAUCAGUUUUAUGAAAUUGAAGAAGAAAGAAUUGAUCAUGUGAUGGCUUACACCUAUCUGAACACUCCAGCUGCCUUGUACACACAAGAGUGGAAUUAAAAUGUACUCAGUCUGUCA